CUACUUUUAACAAUUACACAAUCCUUAUUGCUAAAGUCACUGAAAUAAUAAAAAUUUGAAAGUAUUUAUUUUAAUGUGUUUAUUCGAAUUUAAAAUAAUUUUAGAAAGUAAAACGAAUAGAAAAACCGUUGUUGGCAAUCGUGGGUUGUUAGUUGGCAAAGUAUAUGAUUAUGGAUAUAUAAUAUAAGAAGAAGUUUUAGGGUUAUGUUUUCUGUCUUUCUGUGGUUAUGUUAUUGUUUUGACCCUCAUAUUAUUUGAAGAUAGAAAUUGAAUUAAAGCAUGUUCUUAAAAGACAAUAAGCGAGAUGACUGCAUUAGAAGAAUUCGUUUUGAAUCUACAAGAAUUUUUAAUUAGUGUAAAUCAAAAAGAUCAUAAUGUAAUACGUAAACAUACAAAAAGAAUUAACGAACUUGGCGAUGUUAGUUUUCCUUUAAAUAUCAGUAAUUGGUAUCAAUAUAUUGGUGUUGAAUUAAAAAAAGAUGUAAUUACAUCAAUAUUUCAAUAUAAAUAUCCACAAUUGGACAGCCAGUCUGUUGUAAACCAGUUAAUAGAGAAAAGUUUACAAUGGACAAUUGGAAUAAAAGCUAUUACUUUUAAAAACUCUGAUGUUCAUUUAUAUUUAAAUCGAUCUUCGACAUUAUACCAAUAUGUUAUUACAAACGUAUUACACCUAAAUAAUAAAUAUGGGUCAUGUAGUAUUAUAAAUAAUAAAGUUCAUUUGGAAACUAAACCAAAUAUUGAGAAUAUAAACCUAAACGAAAUAGAUUUAAGUACUUUCAGAUUGAUAUUGUUAAAAGAUGUAGCUACAAACUUAAUAAACUUUACCACAUCUGAUUCAGCAAAAUAUGUACAUUCAAUACAAUUUGUUACUAAUCAUAGAGAAGAUGGCUGCAAGAAUAUAUUGUGUGGACCCAUAAUAAAUGAGAAAGGAGUAAAAAGUUCUUUUACUGCACAAGAAUUGUACCAAAAAAGGUCAUCUGAUAUGCGAAUGAUGGCACAACAUAAAUAUGGUGUACAGAUCAAACCUAAUUCAGCUUGGGAUGAUUAUUUUGAAAAAUUAGGAAAAGGCUCAGUGACAAUAGAAAUGUUGACAAAUAAACCUCAAAAAUCUAUUAAAAUUAGCCUAAAUGAUUUACAAUCUGCUAAUAAAGGUGCCUCAUUUAUAUUUUACAAUUGUGCAAGAUUGGCAGCAUUGUUUAAGGAAUUUGAUAAAAGAAUUUCAACAAAAGAAUACCCAGAAUUACCUAAUGUUGAAAAUAUUGAUUUUUCUUUAUUGAGCCAGUCGGAAGAAUGGGAACUUUUUUAUGUUUAUAUAUUACAGUUUCCUAUGGUUGUAAAAAGCUGUAUCAAAGAUAUCGAAAAAGGAAUUUUCAAUCCCCAAUAUUUGAUAUCGUUUUUAUCAAAUUUAUCAUCAAUUUUCAGUGUAUAUUACAGAAGAGUUCGAAUACUAACGAAUCCAAAGGAGCAUAUGUUUUCCAUUAUCCAUGCAAGAAUAUAUCUAUUAAAGGCCUUACAGUGUGUAUUUCAUAAUUCUUUAAAUUUUUUGAACAUUGAACCAAUUAAAGAAAUGUGAAAAAACUGACGACAUUUUAGGAUAUUAAAUAUAAAAGUGUAUUAUUCACCUAUGUAUAAAGUGUUUAAUAAUUUAUAUUUGUUGAAAUACA